AUGGAGAAGUUCGGAUUUCACAAGGUGCACCAUAGCCCCACUAACAGUGGCGCCAGCAUUACCCAUUCAAGGAGAAACCCUCCGUCGUCUCCGCCCAGGCCAUUAGAGCCAGUGGCACCUCGACAGGUGAUGAAGUUAGCCGUGGACAAAGUCCCCAACAACUCUAUCGCCGUCGCUAAUAGAAUUGGGGUCAAUCCCGAUGACUUUGCCCUGAUUCCGAACCACGCUCCCAUUCUUAUUGACAGCCACUACGUCUACGACAUCGAGAAAUGUCCCGAGCUUCCCCACGGUAUGCUUGGUAUGGCUGGUCACACCAGACGGUGGGGUAAGUGGUCUCUCGGGCAAUCGAUUCAUGCUGAGCCCUACAAUAUCCAUUCCAACGGCUCACAAAAGAAGUAUCUCAAUGUGAUUAAGGUCACCGUCGAUCACUUGAGCAAGUCGCAUGCCCACACCACUCCGAUCAGCGUUGAGGACUUGACCGAAGUGUUUAUGACCAAUUAUGAAAACCAAAUCCUUCAACCCACGCAAGCCAUGGUCAUGGAGUACAAGGGCCACUACUACCUGUUGCUUGUGUUGCUGGUUGAGAUCGUGGAUGUUACUCAAGCGGACGGGGCACCCUCAGUUAAGGAGCUGGCGGAUUUGGACACUAAGGGUAUUUUGAUGAGAAGCACCGUUAUUGAAUUCUACCCUCACGAACACUCUAAAAUCAACUUGCAAUACCCUCUGGGCAAAGGUGGUUUUUUCGGCAAGCCUGGACCCCGUCCUCGCCAACGGAAGCAGAUCAUCAACCCUGACUUCAAGUUGGAAGAUUUGGGUAUCGGUGGUUUGGACUCGGAAUUCCAGGAAAUCUUCAGACGUGCGUUCAACUCGAGAAUCUUGCCUCCAGAAUUAGCUGAGAAGUUGGGGAUCAACCACUGUAAGGGUUUGCUUUUGUAUGGUCCUCCCGGUACUGGUAAGACCCUUAUUGCCCGUAAGUUGUCGAAUAUGCUCAACGGUAAGGAACCCAAGAUUGUCAAUGGUCCCGAAAUGUUGUCGAAGUACGUGGGUGCUUCCGAAGAGAACAUUAGAAACCUUUUCAAGGACGCCGAGGCUGAGUACAAGCAAAAGGGUGACGACUCUGACUUACACGUCAUCAUUUUUGAUGAGUUGGAUUCCGUGUUCAAGCAAAGAGGGCUGGGUAAGUCUGAUGGUACUGGUGUUGGUGACAACGUUGUCAACCAGUUGUUGGCCAAGAUGGACGGGGUUGAUCAACUUAACAACAUCUUGAUUAUUGGGAUGACCAACCGGUUAGACUUGAUUGAUAAUGCGUUGUUGCGUCCGGGUAGAUUCGAAUUGCAAAUCGAAAUCGCUUUGCCCGAUGAAAAGGGGCGUAAGGACAUUUUGACGAUUCACACCAAGCUGUUGAGAGACAACCACUUGUUAUACAAGGACGUCAACUUGGACGAGUUGGCGGUGCAGACCAAGAACUUCACUGGUGCCGAAAUUCAAGGGUUGUGUAACUCGGCGAAAUCGUUUGCGAUCUCUCGUCACACUAAGUCCGGUACUAUUGCCCAAGUCGACAUGGAUUCGAUUUCUAAAAUCCAAAUUACUAUGAAGGAUUUCCAAUUAGCACUCCAAGAGGUGAAGCCUGCAUUUGGUACCGAUGAGGAAGAUCUUGCCGCUGCCGCACCCUAUGGUAUUAUUCACUACGCCGACAGCAUCAGGCAAAUCGAAAAUAAGGGAGCCUCGCUCGUUGAAGAAGUUUCUGAGUCGGAAACCGACUCCUUGGUGUCUGUAUUGUUACACGGGCCUCUGGGCCUGGGUAAGACAGCCCUUGCAUCUACUAUUGCCCUCAACUCACAAUUCCCUUUCAUCAAGAUGCUCAGUGCUGAGAGUGUUGUUGGUAUGAGUGAGUUCCACAAGAUCAGUUUCAUUGAUAACUUCUUCCGUGAUGUUUACAAGUCGCCGUUGUCGGUGGUGGUGCUUGAUCAAUUGGAAACCUUGAUUGGGUACGCGCCUAUUGGGCCUCGUUUCCUGAACGACGUGUUGCAAGUGUUGAAGGUGUACCUCAGCAAGUUGCCCCCGAAGGGUAGACGACUUUUGAUCCUCGCCACCACUUCAGCUUACUCGGUGUUGCGGAACUUGGACAUGUUGGGGUCGUUUUCCAACAUCAUUGCCGUCCCCCUGAUCACCCACAUUGAUGAAUUGGGCAGAGUGUUGCACAGUCAAGGAUUUGACCGUCACACUGAGCAUGCUGUGGUCCUGCAAUUGCAGCAGACGGACUUGAAUAUCGGUGUCAAGCGGUUGUUACAGGUGCUUCUGAACUGUAAGUACUCGAAGGCUUCCGCCGAUGGCAUCGUCGAUAGUAUUAUCGAGGCGCAGACGUUGUAG